CUCCGACCGUCGCCUGGUGGUCUUUUUACCUAGCUUCUGAGCUUCUUUCAACACAACAUCGACUCCGAGUAUCAUCAUGCCUCUUUUCAAGUCUUCCCACCCCGAGCCUCAGCCCGCGAGCCCAACGGGCCGUAAGGGAAGCAUGUUCUCUCGCAACCGCAGCGCCUCUCCCGUCCGGAGCCACAACACCUCGACCUCCAACGGCCACUCCUCUGGAGGUCUCUUCAGCUCGCACAGGCGCAGCACGUCGUCCGACCGCUCGAGCGCGUCUGUCUCGCGCUCUCGCAGCACUGGCGGCGGGCUCUUCAGCUCCAACCGUGGCUCUGACCCUACUAUUGCGUCUGCGCGUCGCAAGGUCGCUGACGCUGAGACUGCCGAGCGCGACGCGGACAGGGCGCUCAUGCAGGCGCGCCAGGCCGUCAAGGACGCCAGGGAUCACGUGAAAUUCCUCGAGCAGGAGGCCGCUGAGGAUGCACGCCGCGCUAAGGCGAAGCAGGCUGAGGCGAAGGUUAUCAACAAGAGCGCGAAGCAUCUUGGCCGCCACGGCCAUUGAGCGAUGGCACCAGCCUCCACCAUUCGGCCUCGAGUCGUGGUUACCCAUGAUUGUAUUGUACCACUGCUGUAAUCUUUUGGACACCGCUCGCGACACGAGAUGUAUAUUGGGCCCUAAUUGUACGAAUACCCAUGGCGAUAUGAUGUCCUAUUUCUCGUCCUUUUUCGCCUGAGCCUCCGCCAGUAAAAACCUCAUCUGCAUCAUUCCAUAGUUGACUUCAGUCUGGAUAUAUUCAAGAUGGACUGUUGUUGAGCCUAAAACCAUACCUUAUACAAACAAGAAAUGCCUAUAGCUGACGAACCACGUAGUCCGCUAGUCUGUCAAGAUUGCUGAGUACUG